AUGGAUGAUAUUUAUGAAUAUAAUGACUCAAACUCCUACGACAAAGAUUCUAAUUUUGACGAAGAUCUAAAUGAAGCCAUUAAACAGUCACUUCAAGAUUACAGAGAAGGAGUUGAUGAUAGAGUGGAUAAUUCAGGCUCCCAUUACUUGAAUUUUAACCCAGACGGAACGUAUUUUUUAUCAAAUGUCACCUCUAAGGGGCCAGAUGAUACUUUUGACCCUACUCAAAUACUUGAUAUCGUAUUAUUCUAUUUUAAAGAAUAUAUAAACUCAAUAAAUGAUUCCGCCGUUUCAUCCCGAUUUCCAAGAACUACAUCCCAGGGCGAUUUCAGCACAUCAGAGGCUCCUAAUACGAGCAGUGCAGAUGUUAUUUCAAGUGUUGUUUUAUCUGACCUUUCAAGUCUUUUGUUUGGUAAAGACUCAUGUCGGUUGAUUUUAGACCAUGAAAUUAGAGCCUGGUGUAACCAAGGAUUUGUAAAUGACCCAAACAGUGUUCUAUUUUGGGGACUUACUCAAAUGAAUAAUGGCUGUUGCGGAGUUUUAGCUUCAAUUCAAAGCUUCAUGCUCAGAAGCCUACUCUUCAACCAUUCCAUUUUCGCAGACUUUUCGUUCCUACUACAGUCCAAAGAUGAAGAUGAGGCAUUAAUUCUAUUCACUGAUUUGUUCUUCAAUUACAUUACUAUGAGAUUUCCAGAUUUCCCCAAAGAAUUUCUGUAUAUCAUACCUCUGGUUGAAUCAUGCUGCAAUGUACUAUAUAACUCAACUGAGAACUCGUCAUAUAAAGUAAUAUUAUUUGAAGAUUUGAAGGAAAAUGCUGAUGCUCUGGCGCAUUUAAUUUCUGAGAAUUCAUGCACUUUAAGGUCAUUUGAUAAUAUCAAUUCCGUCGCCAAUUACUUGGUAAGGAACUUUGAGAAACUAACUGGGCCACUGGGAGUUGUUUCUCUAGUCUUAUCAGUAAUUAGUACCAGGACACUGGAAAAAGUUAAAGAAGAUAUGGAUGAUCCCACACAACCACUUCUUACCUCAUUUGGACACUGUUCACAGGAGUUGGUGAAUUUAUUUUUACACGGAAGGGCAGUAUCUAACGUAUUUAAUGGCGAUAAACUUUUUGAAGGAGACUCAUCUCAGUCUGUGGUACUAAAGGGCAUAACAUCUCAAAAUACUCUUGGAUUCCUAACAGAUUUGGAAGCAAUGAGACUGUAUAAAGUUGGCUCAUUUUAUAAAAAUCCCAUGGUUCCAAUCUGGGUAGUAUGCAGUUCUAACCACUAUACUGUACUAUUUGGGCUUGACGGUACUGCAUGCUUCUUUUCUAGACUUGAAAUGAUUGAACAGUCUCUGGUUGAGGAAUGGAGUAAGUUGGACGCGGAGGAUAACAAGUACAUUCCAGUAAAAUCAUUAUCAAGGCUUUUAGCACUUCUAGGUAUCCCUGAUAUGCUACAAGACGCUAUAUCAAGCAUGGAUGUAGAUUCUGGUAUAGUUCUAUGGACAAAUAUGCUUGAGUGGUAUAAAUCCAAAGUAUUCUCGCAACACGAAAGUCAAGGUGAGGAUUUAACAACUCUUACUCUGUUCCACUAUAACGGAAAGGAACAUAAGGAUCCGUUACAGAAGGUUUCAAUUGUUAAAAACUUUGAGUUUAACCCUGAAAUCGGCUUAAUUUCCCCAGAAAUUGACGCAACCAUCGUUGGAUCAUGUCCUGAUGAAGACAAGCAGACUGCUAAGGUGGUUUGGACUAGAUGGCCCAAGACCAGUGUAAAGUGCUCUCCUAUUAAAACCAGAAAUUAA